UCUCUUGAUUCUGUUACUCAUUCUGCGUUAAGUACAAUGCUGGUUUUCGUGGUUGCUGUGAAGAUGUAAAUUACAAUUACAGAAGGGUAAGUGAGGAUAAUUGUCGUGGAAUUCACUUGUAAUUACUCAUCCACAUUUCGAUCUUAGAGAUGGUCAACAAACAGAAUAUCUUGGGCCACUAGUAGAUCCACUACUGAUGUUUAUAAUAUCUACUAGGUUCAUAUUCGCAGGGACGGUAGUUCCCUUCCAAGAAUUUUUUAAGCUACAUCGUCAUUCCAGCUUACAGUUCCUCCAAUCAACCUUGGUCAAAUUUUACUCGUCCGUUUUACUCUAGGUAAACUUUGUCUACUGCUUGCCGUAGUGUCAGAUUCCAAGGAACUCGCUGGCCGCUGCUUUUGUGUGGACGAAGAAGAAACAUCCAUGGUCACUGGGAAUCAAGCUCGGUCAUUCAAUCACGACUUGGUGCUUCUAGAGUUUUUUUUUCUUUUUUCUUUUUUUGAACGGGAGCUUCUAGUUGGGUCAUCUAAUGUUAGAACUUAGAAGUUAGAAACUUGGUGCUGUUCAAGCUUUACCUCUUUCAUCAGUUCACAAGAAACAACAAAAAAAUUGCCGUUUCCUUCUACUCAUUUUUUUUGGGGGAAAGUACUAACUCGCCCAAGCUCAUGGCAUAUCUGUUUACGAAUUAAUAACAGCCAAAUCAUACUAGGCCGUCCCGACAUUUGGAGCGCCAUUACGCGGCCGUAGUCGCAUGCAUGAUACCACCAUUUUUCUGAAUUCUAUAUGCAAAGAUCGCAAGAAUCACAGCUAGUAGCAAGUUGAUCUGUUGCCCGUUGCCAUAUGGUUGGCCUCUCGACACCUACCCGGAAGGAAACAAACCAGCACUAGAUUUCGACGAACACGUGGCGUCGGCCGUCGGCGCGCCAUGGGUUCCGUCAGAGCGAUCCAAGUAGAGCGAGAUCCCUCGCCGGAGGCGGAGAAACGCCGGCCGUCCGGCCUGGGGACCGUCACUCCAGUCUUCCUGCUCGCGUUGCCGCUGCUGCUCCUGUUCUUCCUCUUCGGUGACCGAGCUCUCGCCUCCAUCGCCGCCGAUUACCCGGUUUGGCAGCGCGUGAGAGCGCAAAGCUCCGGCAAUGCGUCGUCGUCCAGGAACGCGGGGGGCAGCGCCCACGACCGGCUCCUCGGCGGGCUCCUCUCGCCGGACUUCGACGCGGCGACGUGCCUCAGCAGGUACGAGGCAUCCAAGCGCUGGAAGCCGUCGCCGUUCCCGGUCUCCCCGUACCUUGUCCAGAAGCUGAGGCAGUACGAGGCGAACCACCGGCGGUGCGGCCCGGGCACGGCGAACUACCGCGAGGCCAUGGCGCAGCUCAUGUCCGGCCGCAACGCCGACAGCGCCGAGUGCAAGUACGUGGUGUGGCUCCCUGUCCAGGGCCUCGGCAACCGGAUGCUCAGCGUCGUCUCCGCCUUCCUCUACGCGCUGCUCAGCGGUCGCGUCCUCCUCGUGCACGAGCCCCCCGAGAUGCAGGGGCUCUUCUGCGAGCCGUUCCCGGGCACCUCGUGGGUCCUGCCGCCGGACUUCCCCUACACCGACAGCUUCUCGGCCGACACUAAGGAGAGCUACGUGAACAUGCUUGAGAACAACAUCGUCCGCUACAACGGCGGCGGCGAUGCGAGAGCGCUGCCGCCGUACGUGUACUUCCACCUGGAGCAAAUCUCACUCCGGCUCCAGAACCACACCUUCUGCGAGGAGGACCACCGCGUGCUCGACAGGUUCCACUGGAUGGUGCUCCGGUCCGACAGCUACUUCGCCGUGGCGCUGUUCCUCAUGCCGAUGUACCGUGGCGAGCUGGACCGGAUGUUCCCGGCGAAGGAGUCCGUGUUCCACCACCUCGGCAGGUAUCUCCUCCACCCGGGGAACCGGGCGUGGGGGAUCGUGGAAAGGUUCUACGACGGGUACCUCAUCGGCGCCGACGAGCGUCUCGGCAUUCAGGUGCGCCUCCAGCCGUUCCUUCCGAUGACGUUUGAGAUCAUGUACGAGCAGAUCACCCGGUGCGCUCGGGAGCAUGAGCUUCUGCCACAAGUGACUGACACCAGCGAGCCGGGUUCCCGGCCGUCGAACGGCGCGGCCAAGGUGAAGGCCGUGCUGGUGGUCUCCUUGAAGCCGGAGUACUACGACAAGCUGCACAACGUUUACUACACGAACGCGACGGCGACCGGCGAGGUCGUGACGGUGUUCCAGCCGAGCCACGACCAGGACCAGCACACGGAGGCGCUGGCGCACAAUGAGCGCGCCCUGGCCGAGAUCUUCCUGCUGAGCUACUCCGACAGGCUGGUGACCACGGGGUUCUCGACGUUUGGGUACGCCGCGCACUCGCUUGCUGGGCUCCGGCCAUGGUUGCUGAUGCUGCCGGACCAGACCACGAUGAGGGCCAAAGUUGCUUGCGUGAGGUCAGCGUCGGUGGAGCCGUGCCUGCACUCGCCGCCGUCACUCGUCUGCCGGGCGGAGCAGGAUCUUGAUCCGGUGGCCCAUGUACCAUUCUUGCGCCACUGCGAAGAUGUGUAUUUUGGUCUCAAGCUGGUUGAUUGAUUUAGCUCCUGCACAUAUGCUUUGGUUCAAUUGAUUUUUUCCCCCCAGUGUUUUGGCCUUCUUCAAUUGUCAACAGCUGAUUCCCUGAGUUGGAAAUGGUAUUGGUGUCUAUACAGAUUUCAAAACAAGAACACCUGUUAAAAGUGAAA